AGUGGGGGUAUCUUUUCGCACAUUGUGCUAUUGAUCUACCCUUAGCCUUCAAGCAAUAAUUCCCAGGUGAAGACAACUGGAUCUGCUCCAAUUGAGCAACAUAGCAAUGUCACAAUACAAACUUCAGAAGAAUGAGGUAGAGGUAAAACUGCCAUCUCCUUCUCCCGACUCGCAGACGUACAUUUCUUGCAUUCUCAGCAAGCCGGAAACUGAUGUGCAUCCCGAGACAUGUAGAGCAGCCAUGCUGAUGCACGGUAUUGGUGGUCAGAAGAAUUACUGCUACCACUCGAAACUCGCUCGGAAACUUUCAAGAGAGCAGGGGAUGUUUGUGGUGAGAUUUGACUUUAGAAAUUGCGGGGAUUCCUCGAAGACGGGUGUGUUGGGCCGCACGUUGCAAGACGAUCUCGAAGAUAUGUCCACAGUAUACAAUUGGCUCACCGGUGGUGGCUUCGAGGGCAAGAAACUUUAUGUGGACACCUUAAUAGGCCACUCGAGAGGUGUGGUGGAUGUUUUCAAUUGGCAACUGCAGAACCAGAACAAGUUUGUCAUCAACUUGGUAGCUUGUUCGGGCCGAUUCAUCGGUAGCGGUUUACCACACAGUAUCAAGAAGUUGCAUCCGAAUUUUGAAAAAGAAGGCGGCCAUUAUAUCCAAGGGUUUCAGGAUGGUGCUUACCGGAAAGUUUGGGUCCCGCUCAAGGAGACAGAAAGUUUGGGCGUUUUGAACAUGAUCACCGUUAAGAACAUUACCCAAGAUACGGAUACUUUAUCCGUUUAUGGCUCCAGAGAACAAGUGAUCCCAUUACCAGAUGCAGCACACUAUUUCAAUGCUCUUGCAGGCAGAAACACACUAAUUUUGAUUCCUGAUGCCGAUCACUGCUUUAGAGGAGUGGAAAAGAUUCCGGAAAACGAAUGGGAAACAUAUGGGAAACCCAUCGCCAAACCCGCAGGGGUGGUCGACUACAACCCUGAGGUUGCAGAGAAGGUUGCCGAGUGGAUGAGUUCGGAGAAAAUGCACCAGCGGUUUUAUGAAAAGACUAAAAACAUUCACAAAUUUCUUCCAAGAUGGAAGGAGGUGGAUGGUGUUGCCAACUUCCGGGAUAUAGGAGGCUGGAACACUCUAGAUGGAAAGGUUGUAAGACCAAACGUUGCGUUCAGAUCCGCCCAUUUGAGCACCGUCACUGCCAAAGGUAUCGAAACACUGAAAAAGCUUGGCGUGAAGAAAGUCUUUGACAUGAGGUCUCCUAUCGAGAGCGAGCACUUCAAAGAGAACGUUUUGAGCACCCCUAGCGGCAUCGAAGUAGUUCACCUGUCGGAGCAGUCGAAGGGAAACAGCACCCUGCAGAAUGAAUUGUUCUCCAAGACGUUGAUAAAGGCUGCGCUUCGCAGCAACGCUGUCUCCUACGUACCUCUUCUUGAGACUGCUAUUCCAACAUACAAGCCAAUCUUUGAACACCUGAGAGACGACAUCGACACUCCGAUUGUCUUCCACUGUUCGUUGGGCAAAGACAGAACCGGAAUUAUCACGAUCUUAUUAUUACUACUCUGCAAUGUCGAUCCUUUGAUUGUUGCCCAGGAGUCUGCUCUUUCUAAGGUGGGUGUUGAAGCCCUCCGUCCUGAGAUGCAGCACUUUUUCACAGCCAAGACUAUCGACAGCGGAGCUGAGCAGUACAUCAAGGACAACAAGCCAAGUCCUGAAUGGUCACUUGCUAAGGAUGGAGUCGACAACAUCCUCUCCAUCGACAGCAACGCUGUCUUAGAAACGAUUACGCUGUUGCAGAACCAAUACGGUGGUGCCGAAGCCUACUUGACAAACAAGCUUGGCCUCUCUGCAGCCGACAUCGCAGCAAUCCGCAAAAACCUCCUUUUUACCCCAUAAUUAUAUACAGAUAUGCCCUUUCAAGUAGAGACCUAGAUAUAGAAAACAUAUUUAUAUUGCUGUGCGUGUAUACCGGAGACAAAUCUUAAG